GGCGCCUGUGGGUGACGUCAUCAGCGCGGGCCACGCGCUUUCCUCCAUGUGUUUUCCCCGCGGUGUUGUGAUCUGCAGUAACCGGGCGCAGGUUAAUUUUCGGUGAAUAUCAUCAUGUCUUCGAGCUGUCGCAGACCCGAGCAUAUGGCCCCCCCAGAGGUGUUCUACAAUGAACAAGAGGCCAAAAAAUACUCCCAAAACUCUCGGAUGAUAGAGAUCCAGACGCAGAUGUCCGAGCGAGCCGUGGAGCUGCUCAGUCUCCCCGAGGAUCAGCCCUGUUACCUGCUGGAUGUGGGCUGUGGCUCUGGACUCAGUGGAGAUUAUUUAUCAGAAGCUGGUCACUACUGGGUUGGUGUGGACAUCAGCACAGCCAUGCUGGAUGUGGCCUUGCAGCGAGACGUGGAGGGAGAUCUUCUGCUGGGAGACAUGGGUGAGGGCUUGCCCUUCAGGCCGGGGAUGUUCGACGGCUGUAUAAGUAUUUCAGCGCUGCAGUGGUUGUGCAACGCAGAUAAGAAGACACACAGCCCUCCAAAGAGACUCUACCGCUUCUUCAGCACGCUGUACUCGUCACUGGCCAGAGGAGCACGUGCUGUGUUCCAGAUAUACCCUGAAAACUCGGAGCAGCUGGAGCUGAUCACGGCUCAGGCCAUGAAAGCCGGGUUCACAGGCGGGAUGGUCGUCGACUAUCCCAACAGCAGCAAAGCUAAAAAAUUUUUCCUGUGUUUGUUUGCUGGUGUAUCAGGAGUCUUACCCAAGGGUUUAUGUUCAGAGUCGACUGACAGAGGCGUAUCAAAUCAGGCUCAGUUCACAGCACAGAGGUCCCGUUUCAAAAAUAUGAAAGGAAAGUCUGUGAAGAAGAGUAAGGACUGGAUCAUGGAAAAGAAGGAGAGACGCCGCCGGCAGGGGAAGGAUGUAAGGGCCGACACCAAGUACACGGCUCGUCACAGGAAACCUCGCUUCUGAUCCCUCGACUGCUUCACGUGAGCGUCUGGCCUUCUCUGCACGUACAGUAGACUGUGGGCUAUUCAGUUACGACUCAUAUCUCUAUUGUCCAGUCAGAAGCAGAACUAUGUGCUUUGAGGAAAUAUAUAUUACAGAAUAGCAAACCCAUGUGGAGAGGAGAGAGCUUCUUAUGAAGAAACAGUUAAAGGACUUCUUGUCUUAUAAGAGCUACAUGUGGAUUAUGUCUGAAUUAACAGAAGCCUUAAUAAACCAAAUUUCAUCUUUC